CCCGCACACCUUUGAGUUGCCUGGAACGAGGCACAACAGGUCUGCAAAUCGAUUGGACAUGAUGGUUUCCUCGAUGGCCAUCCUGCUUCUCGCUGGACCUUCGCACGACAUCCAGCCCCUUCUAAAAGUCAAGGCGAACCCUCCGCUCCCAGCCUUGCUUGCUCAAACUUCCUCUGUCGUUAACAAGAAACCUCGCAGCAACAAUGGAAGACCUGAUCGCUUGCUUGUAUCCAUUUGACGAGAGCCGAGGGGCAUAUGAGGCGAUCGACGACCCGCAGAACCGCCCACGGCACGUUGAACAGAAGCGACAGGCGCCGGAGCCACAAAGCAGGGAGACAACAGCUCCACCAGACGACGACUACGAGCAAGUCCCGCCCCAAGAUGUUUAUCCUGGACUCGAGUUGAGGUUCAGCCACGGGUUCAAAGGCCGCCUCGGCAUUGUCUUUGGAACUAGCCGAAGUAGCUGCGACGUCGUCCUUCCACAAAUUCAUCACAAGAACAAUGGCCAGCCCCUCAUCAGCAGCCAACACUUCUAUAUCGCCUUCGAUGAGCAGCACCGGCUGUUCGUGCGAGACAUUUCAACUCGCGGGACCAUCGUCACAUACGACAAGGAGGGCGGACAGAAGCGCAGCAACUUCAAAUGGAUCAUCGGUGGCCACAAGGUCCCAGAUGAAACCAAGACAAUCGUCAUUGAAAUCCAGCCGCAACUCCAAUUCCAGGUCGUUGUCUCCAAGCAUCAUCUAUACCCAGAUCUGUUCUUCGACAAUGUCGACCGGUUCCUUAGGGAGGUCGGCACGAAUGACGAGCUGCCUUUCGGUUCUUUAGGCAUCGAGAGCGCACUUUCAACAGCAGCUCCCAGUGGAAGAGACACCCCCAACCAAGAACGCAUCCUUCUCAAGCAAGAGAGGCUCGGCAAAGGUGCGUUCUCGGUUGUAAGCCGCGUCUGGGAUGUCAGCACCGGAUUAGAGUAUGCUUCCAAGAAGAUUCUUGACCCCGAAGUUAGCGACUGGAAAAAGGAGGUCACUGUCAUGCGUCAAAUCUCGCAUGAGCACAUUCUUGUAUUUCAUUUUGACAUAGACGGGCCGCCUCCUCGGCUAGUGCUGGAGUAUCUUCCGCUCGGAAACCUUGAGGAUCAGCAUCGCCAGCGAAACAUCUCCGAGGAAGAAGUCUUGACUAUCCUUCAACAAGCCGCCUCGGCUUUAUCGUAUCUUCAUAAACAAACGCCACCUGUCGUACAUCGAGAUAUUAAACCGGAGAAUAUUCUCGUCUCAUCCCGCAGUCCACUCCAUAUCAAACUGUCAGACUUCGGUCUGGCAAAAGCAGGUGCCUAUUUGGAAACCGCUUGUGGCACGGUCAUCUACGUUGCUCCUGAGAUCGCUCAAUACUACCAACGCUCUUCGCCAGGCCUCAGAUAUACAAGUGCCGUUGAUAUUUGGUCUCUUGGCGUUGUUGCCUUCCGGUACGGCUACGGUCUUCCACGUGUCGAUACGGAGUGGGGAUUGCGUUGGUGCCAAAAGAUUGUCGACGCAGUAAACGAUUGGGAUCCAGACAGCUUGCUUGAUAUUUUAUCGGCUAUGCUGGUCAUGGAUCCGAAGUGGCGGCUUUCAGCUGAAGAGUGCCUACAAGGAGCAUUGGAACUAGAAGCCCCAAGCCGGGUUGCGACGCCAAUCCCUUACGGGGGACAGCAGCAUCAGAUCGGAGAGUCCGAGUCCCGGGUCCUUGACCCCACUGACGCAGUCUCCCCAACCUUCCGGCAGGAUGAUCACCAUUUUCGAGACUCCGAAAUUCUAGGGUACAUCAGAUCGCAGGUCCCGCGUCAUUCCAGUGCGCGUGCCUUCGAAGGCGAUGUACGACAGGAAGAUUCCUUGCGCUCCAUCAGGGACUCUGAGAUCCAGAAAUACAUCAGGUCAAAGGUCCCGCGUCAUUCUAGGGCGCUUGCUUUCGAAGACAGUGAAGAUUCAUUGGCCUCCACCCGAGACGCUAGCGGCCAAGUUUCCAUCAGAUCAGAGGCCCGGCUCCGUUCCGCUGCGCCGACCAUUAUAGAUCAGCGAAAGAGAUCAACUCAGCGCUCUGCGACAUCAUCUUCAUCUGCAAGACGCACAAAACGCUCUGCCGCAGCAAGUUCACGGAGCCCCCUGCAAUACAAAGAACCCAGCUUUGCUCAAGUUUUGCAAAAUGAUCCAAAUCAUGCAGGAUAUGGCGAGCAGAACAACAGUGUGGGGUGGGAUGCUUUUGCGCCAGACGCCAAUGCCCAAGGCUCAGUAAACGAUAGACAAGGCACGGAUAACACUGGCUAUAGUAGAGUGGCCGUGCCCUCCAUAUCCUCUGGGAUGGGGAAUUUUGUCGAGCAUGAUGCGCAAAACAGUUUGGAGCGGGAUGCUUCUCUGCCUGGCACUGGCCAGGGCAUGGCGCGCUAUGGAGAAAAUGCAGAGAAUGGUUGGACUGAGAGCUAUCUUGCAGCACGCCUGCUACAUGAAAUGCGUAGAGAAGGAAAUUAUUAUCCUCAAUAGCUGAUGAUAUGAACUAGUUGAUAUUAAAUUAACCGUCGUAUUAGAUAAUUGGGCCCAAGUCAUGCGGCGGCUUCGUUAGCUCUCGUACAUAUUGUUAUCCGAUCUUCGUGCAUUCAUGUCUUUGAAGUCCACUCUUAACUCUGGGCGGAGAAUCCGUUGCCGUCUUCCCUUUGUACACUAUAACUAUUCG